CGUCCCCUCAAGUCUGCGUCGCUUGUCGGCCUGAUCUUCGUGGGAAGAACUGCUGCAGUCGAAUCAAAGUACAUCUCGUACUCCUGAGAUCAAUAUCUGCUGGAUGGGUGAGCCCUAAUUAGGUUCGACUCUCCAGGUAACCACCCACGAUGCCUCCCAAAAAGGCAUCUCGCAACUCGAUGCCUGCACGAGUCAACAAUGACACUUCUCUUCUGGUGCCUUCACGGCGCUCCCCGCGAGUGCCUGCCCCAGAGAAGACCUUAUAUACGUCCCCCCGGUCCUCCAAGACUCUCCCUCUUCCCUCCUCCACCACUCCUGACAACUCUUUCAACAUCCGUUUCUACACUCCAAAGACACCUCCCAACAACUCUGGAUCAAGAAAGACUUCUCCCGACGUGCCUUUGACACGUCGAAGCACCUUCCAAGCUCGCCCCUCUCGCCUCUCGUCCGUUUACACGCCUGCCGCAGAGAGGCCAACCUCCAGUCACAGCAGCCGCCGCACUCGUCGCACGGCUGCCCUCGAAACACCUCAAACUUCUUUCUCAGACCACGAUAUGUCUGACGCCCUCGGCUCGACUGGCUGGACCUACGGCCAAUACAGUGGCCUCGGCAUGGACGGAACGAUGGAUUCUCAUCCCUCCCCAAGCGUCUCAUCCAUGGGGACCCGGGCUUCGACCCGUCUUCGCAAGCCAACAGCCAAGGCUCUCGAGGCAAUACAGUCACGGAAGAAGCCUCGCCGUCUCCAGAAAGACGCUUCCGCUCCCGCUGAUUCCUCUGUCGGCGCCUCCACCUCCGGCCCCGACCCCGCUCCCACUUCUUCCCCUGCCUCUCCCUCUGCCCCUGCCCCUGCCCCCGCCCCUGCCCCCGCCCCUGCCACUGCACCCAAACGCUUCCCCAAAAUCACCUUCAAGAACGUUUUCAAGCCUGCCUACGAGCCUGCGAGUGCGUCAAGUUCCACUCCCGAGUCCCGGUCAAGGACCGGUCCCAAGCUGAUUUUUAAGUCAGCCGUCAAACCAGCUCCUCGGGCCAACACUCGCAAAGGCAAGAACGGCAAAAACGCCUUGAAGUCCUCAAUCCACCGCAUUCAACUCACAGUCGGUCGCGCCGGUCAAAAGCUCUACGAGCUGGCCACCGUGGCUCUGGGCACUGACUUCCACGCUCCGUCCGACCCCGAACAGUUCAUUCAGGAUCUGCGAGUCGCGCAGUCGACAGUUGAUGUGGAAGAGGAUGCCGCUGACAGUGACACGCAUCACGGUGAUCAUGAUGCCAAUGUCCCUGCCGUGGCAGAUGAUGCCGAGAGCAUCCCCCCAGACGACCCAGAGCGCAAAAUCAUGCUCACCUUCAAGUCCUCUGCCAUACCCCAUGUAGACCAUGAUAACUGGACUCACACGGGCCAUGUUAACAGCCACGGCGAAGAGGUGAUGCUGAUGCCUCCGGGUUACAGCCUCGAUCGUGCCCCACACAACUAUGGGGACGAGGCUUUGCCCUAUCCUCCCGUCAGAACUCGACCGGAUGAUCAGGCGAUGGCCAUCGAUGGCCUCGGCUUUCCGCCUCUCCUCGGUGACCGAAACGUCCCGUUUGGUGAACAGUUCAACUUCCAAGCAGAGGACGUCACUCAGGAGCAGGCCCAGGUACAGGCACGCAAGAAGAAAGCAGCCGCACCCGCUGAGCCAUCUCAGAAGGGUGGCAGAAAGCGUCGCCUGCCUGGAGCCGAAAUCGCCGAGAUUUCUGCAUCUUCAUCUGCUCCCGCCGCUCUUGAAAGGAGUGAGCGGGCACAGAAGCGACGUCGCGGGGAGACUGUCUCCCAGCCUGCAUCGUCUAAGCAGGCACCGCGCAAGACGCUCGCUCCGCGGUCGGCAAAGGCCGAGCCUAAGAUGAAGGCGCCGUCUCCUUCUCCCGUGGAGAAGGAAGCACCAUCACAGACGGUGCAGCGCCUUCGGAUUACGGUGAAGCCUCCCACCGCGGCGGAGAUGCAGGAGGAGAAUAGGGCGUCCGGGGACGAGGAAGACUCCACCCCAGCUCGACCUGCGGCAAGCCACAGCCGCCAGCAAGCAGCCGACCUCGCCACUGAGGUCGAGACGACCCAGAGACCAGCAGUGUCCAAGGGCAAGAAGAGAGCAGCAGCCCUCAUUUCCAAUGAUGAGGUGACCGAAAGGUCAACGUCGCCUGCCAAGCGGGCACGGGCUGCUGACUCUCAGGUCGGUACUGCCAAUGCUGCCUCCCCACGGGGCCGUGGCCACGCUGUCAAGCGUGGUCGUGGUUCCGGUCGGGGUGGAGGUCGAAGCCGGGGUGCCUCCAGCUCUCGGGGGAAGCGUGGUAGAGGACGAGGGUAAGUAUGAAGACCCCUCCGCCCCAUUCUCUUCUGGCCGUUUCGUUCCCUUCGGCUCUUUUCUUUCCUUUCUUUUUCUUCCUGUUCAUUUUUCUUAGUUUCGUGUCUAUGUUGGGUUCGUUCCGAGCUGUUUUCAUUCGAGAAAUGAAUUCAGUUUGAUGUGAUUAUGACGGCGUUUUGGGUGGGUGGUGAUAAGAAUAUGGGAUUGAUUUUUUUGGGUUUUAUUGCGGCCAACCAGAAAUGGCGUCGGAUCAUAGCGCGGUGUUUGAUCAUUUCUUAUCAUUCUUCAUGACAUGUAUUCUUUUCGUUGCCCGAGUCUCUCUCUUUCUGGCGUUUCUGCACAAGUGGGCAUGGCGCCUUGCAUGAUUUCAUAUCUGAUUUCUUUCAACAUGAAUUGCUUGAGCAUAAGCACAUAAACAGCACAUAUUGUUAAUACCAAAUUGUUCGUCUUCAUGCAGCAAGAUAUGUGAGCUAACAGAUCGGAUCCCAUCCCCAUCUUCAAAGCAAAGAAAACCCCAAAUCCCAAGUCCAAUAUCAAAC